AUGGAUGAUCCCACGAACCUGAAACCAAAGCAGCCAAAUGGAAUCCAGCCAUCCUCCUUUUCAUUGACCAGUGCUUUUCCUAACGUGACAACUGGCCACCUGAUUUACCUGCAGUCUGAGGCUCAGAGCUGCCACCUGCUGUUGACAGGAGAAACCGGAGAUGAUUUGAGCUGCACGGCGGACGGCCAGGUGUACACCAACAGGGACAUCUGGAAGCCGGAGCCAUGCCGGAUCUGUGUGUGUGACAACGGCCAGGUCCUCUGCGACGAAAUCCAGUGCGACGAGCUGACUAACUGUGAGAAGGUGGUGAUCCCCGAGGGCGAGUGCUGCCCCGUCUGUCAGACGGAUUCACAGGGCGGAGGUGGAGGAGGAGGCGGAGGCGGGGGCGGCGGCAGGGGCGACGGCGGACAGGGAGGUUUUGGUGACGGGGGCAGGAUCUAUAAGGGUCAGAAGGGAGAGCCCGGAGAGGUGCCACUUGUGACUGGUAUCAGAGGCCGCCCUGGACCUAUGGGCCCUCCCGGCUCCCCGGGACACAGAGGAUCUCGAGGACACAAAGGCAGGCCUGGACUGCGGGGCCCUCCGGGUUAUGAUGGAGAGCCUGGUGUACCAGGUCAGCCCGGUGAACCAGGACCUCCAGGACCUCCGACGCACCCCGGAGGCCUGGGAUCCCAGAUGGCUGGAGGCUUCGACGGAAAAACAGGACCUCAGGCCAUGAUAAGUGGCUCAAGGGGUGAGGCUGGAGCAAGAGGCCCCCCCGGGCCAAACGGUUCACCUGGUCAAUCUGGACCCCAAGGACCACCUGGAGAUGUCGGCGAUCCAGGGCAUAUGGGUCCACCUGGGCAAAGGGGACCUGAGGGCCCUCCAGGGAAACCAGGUGAAGAUGGAGAACCAGGCAAAUCGGGAAAUAGCGGAGAAAUGGGAUUCCCUGGAUCACCAGGAUCCAGAGGAUUUCCAGGUACCCCCGGGCCUCCCGGACUGAAGGGUCACAGAGGCCAUGCUGGAAUACUUGGCCAAAAAGGUGAAACUGGAGCUGUUGGAUCCAAGGGUGCCACAGGGCCCCCUGGUCAAAUGGGAGCACCUGGACCUAUGGGUCCUGCUGGGAUGCCAGGGGAGAGAGGACGCUCUGGACCCAGUGGCGUAGCAGGUAAACGUGGUGACCCUGGUAACCUCGGAAAGCCUGGGCCAAUGGGUCCCUUGGGUCUUAAUGGUCCACCUGGAUAUCCAGGAACCCCAGGGAUGAAGGGACAACCAGGCCCCACAGGAGUCCGGGGUCCAGAGGGCCCACAGGGACAGAGAGGAGAGACUGGUAAUAUGGGCAGAGCUGGACCAACUGGCCUCCAGGGCCCCGCGGGUACGGAUGGUGGCCCGGGUACCAAAGGACCAGUGGGUAAUCUUGGUCCACAAGGUCCAGGUGGCCAUGCUGGACCCCAAGGACCACCAGGACCUCAGGGGAGCACUGGUCAGCCUGGUAUCAAAGGAUCCCUGGGAGAUGCUGGCGUCGCAGGAUUUAAAGGAGAGGCUGGACCCAAAGGAGAAACUGGUCCGCCAGGCUCCCAGGGAGUGCUUGGACCUCAGGGUGAAGAAGGAAAACGAGGACAACGUGGAGACCCAGGCACUGUGGGCCCUCCUGGUCCCGUUGGAGAGAGAGGAUCUCCUGGAAACAGAGGAUUCCCUGGUGCUGAUGGGCUGCCAGGACCUAAGGGUGCUCAAGGAGAUCGUGGGACAUCUGGCCCACCGGGUCCCAAAGCUUCUGUAGGAGACCCUGGGCGUACCGGAGAACCUGGUCUACCAGGUGCAAGGGGUCUUACUGGUACCCCUGGAGUGCAGGGAGCAGAGGGCAAGCCGGGACCGUUGGGGGCUCCAGGGGAAGAUGGUCGCCCAGGCCCCGCAGGGUCUAUUGGAAACAGAGGGCCCGCAGGAAUCAUGGGAGGGCCGGGCCCUAAGGGCUUCAGUGGUGACCCAGGAAAAACAGGGGAACAAGGAUCUGCAGGAGUGUCAGGUCAAAGAGGUCCCCCUGGCAAAGAUGGAGAAGUUGGCCCUGCUGGCCCCCCUGGCCCAGCUGGUGUCGCAGGAGAAAGAGGAGAGCAGGGACCUCCAGGUGUAAAUGGAUUCCAGGGUUUGCCUGGAAACCAAGGCCCUCCUGGAGAGCCUGGAAAACCAGGUGACCAAGGUAUUCCUGGAGAGCUGGGUACCGUGGGCCAAAUAGGACCAAGGGGAGAGCGAGGUAUUCCCGGGGAGAGAGGAGAGCUGGGUUCAACUGGUCUGCAGGGACCUAAAGGUAUCCCUGGUGCACCUGGUCCAGAUGGGCCAAAGGGCAGUCCUGGUCCCCCUGGGACGCUUGGUGACGUGGGUCCUCCAGGACUUCAGGGAAUGCCUGGAGAGAGGGGUAUCUCUGGCCCUUCUGGGCCUAAAGGGGACAGAGGAGCGCUUGGUGAAAAAGGCUCUGAAGGUACAGCUGGGAAUGACGGUGCACGAGGAGCCCCGGGUCCCGUUGGCCCGCUAGGAUCCGCUGGACCCAGUGGUGAAAAGGGCGAACCUGGACCCAAAGGACCACAUGGACCCCCAGGAUCCAGAGGAGUACCAGGAGCGAGAGGCGACCCUGGUCCAAUCGGUGCUGUUGGAUUUGCUGGCCCUCCUGGUCCUGAUGGCCAACCUGGAGUCAAGGGAGAGCCUGGAGAACCAGGCCAAAAAGGAGAUGCUGGAUCGCCAGGACCUCAAGGCUUGUCUGGUGCUCACGGACCUCAGGGGCCGACUGGUGUUGCUGGACUGAAAGGCGGAAGAGGAACGCAGGGUGCACCAGGCCCCACUGGCUUCCCUGGAUCUGCAGGACGAGUUGGCCCCCCCGGCCCCACUGGUCCAAUUGGAGAAGCCGGACCCCUUGGACCCCCUGGGAAAGAGGGUCCUGCUGGUCUCCGUGGAGACCAUGGAGCCCCUGGUAGACAAGGAGAGCGAGGACCAGCAGGGCCACCGGGAAGCCCAGGAGACAAAGGGGACUCUGGAGAAGACGGCCCCACGGGUCCUGAUGGUCCUCCAGGCCCAGAGGGAACUACAGGACAGAGAGGCAUCGUGGGUCUUCCUGGUCAGAGAGGAGAGCGCGGGAUGCCAGGCCUUCCAGGACCUGGGGGGCCCCCAGGAAAACAAGGAUCCGCAGGAACACCUGGAGAUAAAGGCCCCCCAGGUCCAGUCGGUGUCCCGGGUGCUAACGGACCUCGUGGUGAUCCUGGUCCUGAUGGCCCUGCAGGAAGUGAUGGCCCGCCAGGAAAAGAUGGCGUUCUGGGACAAAGAGGGGACCGCGGAGAUCCUGGUCCAGAAGGUUUGAUUGGUCCUCAGGGACUUCCUGGCCCUCCAGGUCCUGUCGGUGCACCGGGUGAUGCUGGACGGAGAGGAGACGCUGGCUCAAGAGGACCCGUUGGUCCCCCGGGCUCAGCUGGGAAGAGAGGAUUAGUGGGACCCCAAGGACCAAGAGGAGAUAAGGGUGACCUGGGCGAUCAUGGAGAGAGAGGGCAGAAGGGACAUCGAGGCUUCACUGGUCUGCAGGGUCUUCCUGGGCCUCCUGGUACAACAGGUGAGCAGGGAGCUCCAGGAAUCGUUGGCCCAAGCGGACCCAGGGGGCCUCCUGGACCUAUCGGGCCUUCUGGAAAGGAAGGAUACAUUGGCCAGCCGGGACCGAUGGGGCCUCCUGGAACCCGAGGCAUCAGCGGAGAAAUCGGACCGGAGGGCCCUCCAGGAGAGCCAGGUCCCGCAGGCCCCCCUGGUCCCCCGGGACCUCCCACGGCAGCUAUGGAUGACCUCUUUGGCGGCCCUCAGGAUUACGACUCGGGCCCCCCUCCUCCUCCGGAGUUCAGCGAGGACGAGGCUCUGCCCAACAGCAACGCGUCCAGCAUAGUGGCCGUGGACCCGAGCAUCCACGCCACCCUGAAGGCCCUCAGCAGCCAGAUCAACAGCAUGAAGAGCCCCGACGGCAGCAGGAAACACCCCGCCAGGACCUGUGACGACCUCAAGAGAUGCUACCCCGACAAGAAGAGUGGCGAGUACUGGGUGGAUCCAAACCAAGGCAGCGUGGAGGACGCCAUCCAAGUGCACUGCAACAUGGACACGGGCGAGACCUGCAUCACAGCUAACCCAUCCAGCGUACCUCGUAAAGUGUGGUGGAGCUCUUCCAGGAACAAACCUGUGUGGUUCGGAGCGGACAUCAACCGUGGAACACAUUUCACUUAUGGCAACAAAGAUCAGCCGGGCAACUCCGUCACCGUCCAGAUGACUUUCAUCCGCCUGCUCUCCAAAGAGGCGUCUCAGACCAUCACAUACCACUGCAAGAACUCUGUGGCCUAUAAGGACGAGAAGGCGGGCAACUAUAAGAAAGCUGUAAUCCUCAAGGGCUCCAACGAUCUGGAGCUCAAAGCAGAGGGAAACAACCGCUUCAGAUACACAGUGGUGGAGGACUCCUGCUCGCAACCAAAUGGCAACUGGGGAAAGACAGUGUUUGAGUACAGGACACAGAAAACUGCCAGACUUCCUAUUGUGGAUUUGGCCCCUGUAGACAUUGGCGGCCCCAAUCAAGAGUUCGGCAUCGACAUCGGGUCCGUGUGCUUCUUGUAAAAUCGUCAGCAGGGAUGCGUCGGGGAGAAUCCUGAGACUAUUGAACUGACAGCUGACAUGAUCAGCCACGUUGUACAUACGAGUACUGAGGACUAUUCUGGCCCUGUGGCAAGAUAUUUAUUGUGCCUUUCAACCCAGUUCAAGACAUCGAAGAUUUGUAGUUUAGAAUGAAUGUUCGGAAUUCACUUAAAUUGGUAAAAAUCUGAAUCCUUCCUCUGUCUUCUCUUUGUAUGUUUGACCCCAAAUGUAAUGCAUUUCGAGGCUCACUAUGGUGAAGUUUGGUACAAAGAUAUUACCGUCUAAUUUUAUUUUUUACCAAAACAACGUUGCCAAAGAUGUAUGCAACAUUGCCAAAGACUAAUGAAUAUGAAAGCUUUAAAAUGGUGGUUAUACCUGCUGUUCAUAGGCUUUAAGAAAUCCCACUGAAGCUAUGUCAAAUGUCCCUUCACUUCUAUUUUUUACAGAUUUGUCUAUUAAUUUUUUGUGUGAAAUGUUUGCAUAUACAACAACAUUGUGGUGCUAUUGAGGAUCCGAUGCUUUGACCGGCGUAGGUAUUUUUUCAAGACAGUUUUGAUGAACCAAUGUCUGCAUCCAGUUACUUUAAACUCUGUACCGACCAUGUAGAACAUUAAAGACACAUUAAGACUGGCGAUUUCUCAGUGUUAGCUACCUCGUCACCGAAACUGAGAAACAAUGACACUACGUGUACAUCUUUUUCCCACAGGUGCUGUUUUGUAAGUAGUGUGAUCCUUGUGCACUCCUCCCAGCUGUGCGGUACAGGGCAGGGUGUGGGGAUACCAAUAAAGAUCUUUCUGUCAACGACGGAGAGACGAAUGAGGUGUCGUGUGAGUGGCGUGUGGUGAUUUGUUACAUUUUUUUUCUUACUUCCUUCAAUUUCAAUAUCGUUUAGUAAAAGGUAGCAGAGAAUAUUCUAUUUGUAUGCAUGUCCGUUCCCCCUUUUCAGUACCCUGGUUACUUAUAUGCUCUUGAAAUCCUUCUUAUAAUCAGAUUUAUAGACUGAGCUGGCUGUGAGUGCCUGUUUGCUUUUGUAUUAUUUUUACUAUGCAACAAAUUAAACAAACUGCUUGUUAAUCCCCCCCCCCCAAGCUCUUGUCAUAUUGAUUCAGGUAUAGUUAGAUCCUUUACGCAAACAAAAUCAAUUUUACACAUAUGUUAUGGUU